GAGAAAAGCAUUAGCACCAUCUAGUGGCCAGGUUAUGUUAUGGCAGUUAUAAUUCAGUAAACCUGGCAGAACAGGAAAACGAAACUUAAAGAAAUAUUUUGCGGAACAAAGAGACAACGUAACAGGAACGUCUCCCAUUUCUAAAGAAGAACUCAGAAGGAGGACUAAAACUCAACAUACUGACUUCAGCAGAGGAAUUUGCUAAAAUGGCUGAGAAAAUCGCUCUUGUUGAAAGUUACCUGAGCUGCCAUAUUUGUUCAGAGAUUUUCAGAGAUCCUGUUUCUCUGAGCUGCAACCACAGCUUCUGUUCAAGCUGCCUGCAGGAAUUCUGGGAAAAGACUGGAAACAAGAACUGUCCCAUCUGUAAAAGAAAGUCGUCAAAGGAGGUUCCGUCCAUCAACUUCUUCCUUAAAGAACUCGCUGAUUCGUUUGCUGGGAAGCAGAAUGGAGCUUUAACUGAGAUGGGAAAAGAGAAGAAGGAAGAGAAGAAGGUGGUCUGUGAGAAACACUCUGAGGUUCCUUACUGGUUCUGUGAAGACGAGCAGAGAGCUGUGUGUCCUGUCUGUGAGUUUUCUCUCCACCAGAGUCACAAAGUGGUUCCUCUAGAUCAAGCAGUCAGUGAGCUGAAGGAGGAGCUGAAAUCUGAGUUAAAGUCUCUGCAGGACAAGAGGAACAAACACAAACAAGUGGAGAAAACAUACGAUGAUUUGAUUCAACACUCCAAGAAGCAGGUGUUGUCCACAGAGAGACAGAUCAGAGCAGAGUUCAACAAGCUCCACCAGUUCCUGAGAGAGGAAGAGGAGUCCAGACUGGCAGCUCUGAGGGAGGAAGAGGAGCAGAAGAGGAAGACUAUCAUGAGAGAGAUGAAGAGGAUUAAGGAGCAGAUCUCCUCUCUGUCAGACAGCAUCUCUGCUGUUGAAGAAGAGCUGCAGAAAGACAACGUGUCGUUCCUCAGCAGUUAUGAAGCCACUCAGAGCAGAGCCAGAGGUCAGAGGUCACUGCCAGAUCCACAGCUGGUCUCAGGAGCUCUGAUAGACGUGGCCAAACACCUGGGCAACCUGUCCUUCAGAGUCUGGGAGAAGAUGAAGGACAAGGUCCACUUCAGUCCCGUCAUUCUGGACCCAAACACUGCUAAUGGAUGGAUCCAUCUGUCUGAUGAUCUGACCAGUGUGACACAUGGAGACGCAUGGGAGCAGCUUCCUGAUAAUCCAGAGAGAAACAUUUAUACAGAAGUGUUUGGUUCUGAGGGCUUCAGUUCAGGGAAACACAGCUGGGAUGUGGAGGUGGGAGAUCAUCCUGACUGGUAUUUGGGUUUGGUCAAAGAGUCUGUUGACAGGAAGGGAGAGAGAGAUGUUACACCACAAUUUGGAAUCUGGUGUUUAUGUUUUGAAGAUGGAAAAUACACUGAUGGUGAUAGUAAGUUCAUAUCCGUGAAGAAGAGUCUCCAGAGGAUCAGAGUCCAACUUGAUUACGACAGCGGCUUUGUGUCCUUCUACGACCCUGAAGACAUGACCCACAUCUACACUUACAGAGACACUUUCACUGAGAAACUCUUCCCAUACUUCAGUGUUGGAGAAGCUGCUGGAGCAAAACCGACAAAGAUCAAAAUUAUGUGAAACUGAAAAGUUUGUGCAAUUUUACUGAUAUUUUACAUGAUUGUUUGUUUUAUUUUGAAAUUUUAAAAUAAUAUUCUAGUUAAUUUGUUAAAUAAGAAGAAAAGCUAAAGUCUGGGAUUUUAUUAAUGUUGUAAUUUUUGAACUAUGAUAGAUUUAAAAAAAUCACUUUGUAUGAAUCCUAAAAGGUGGAAUUAUUGUUAUUGAUAAAUAACAAUAAAACCAGACUUUCUCUGACCAAUAACAAGUUAAGGUGUUCUUUAAGGGGUUCAUUUUACUUCGAGGGCUUUGGAAUAUUUUAAUAUUGUAUAACCUUAAUAAAACUCUGAGGUCAUGUGACCAAGACAAGCCGUUUAUGGAUUUUAUGAAAAACUGAAAACUAACAGGACAUUUUCCUUCCCUUUAAUUUGACAUUGGAGGACUCUUAUGAGCUUUUUAGAAAUCAUCUUUUUAUAAUUGCUUUUGAUAAAGUGUGUGGAUAUACUGGUGUUUUAUUUGGUGUUUAUUACUCGACUUUUAUUAUCUAAUGCUUCCAGCUUUAGUCUAUUUUUAUUUUCUUUUUAAGAAUUGUAACAGAAAACUUUUUUCAUUUUACUCCAGAAUUAUGGAGAUUAGUCUUUUUCAAAAUGUUGCAGAUUUGCCAACUUUAUUUUUACAUAAAUGUUAAAGAUCCUAAAAACGUUUAGUAAGGGGAUCAUAUAAAAAGCAGUUUUCAAAUUAUUUCCUUUACUGUGAAAAACAAGGAUACCUAAACUACACUGGCUUUAUGGCAAAAGGUGACAAAAUCAAUACUGUCUUUCUUCUUUAAUACAUUAAAUCCUUAAUCUAACUCAGAAUCCAAGUUUUCUUUUUCACAUUUGUUUAACCAGCUAAAAAAAUUAUUAAUUGAUAUAAAACUAAAAAUAUUAAAAAUCCCUAAUAAGGCUAAUACUUUAUCGCAGCAUUAUAUCAGUCUAAUGUAUUUUUUAUUAACUUUAAAGUUGUGUGAUGGGAAACAGAUUUUACCUGCCGAUCAAAGUCAAACCAGAUCAAGAGAAAAAUCUGCCAAUUCCAAUCAUUGGCAGGUCGAUCGGUGCAACACUAUUAACGAAAGGUUGAGAACAUUGAACUAAAACUUCAAAUGGUGUUUGAUUACUUUGUUACAUUGUCUGUUUAAUAUACUGUGUACAUUUAUUAUUUUUUUUUAAAUGCUUUCAAAAGUUUGUCUUUAUGUACACUCAUCUUUUAUUACCAUAAACAACAGAAUAUUAAAUCUAAUAUUUUGCAUUUGGAAAUUAUUUUCCUUUGUUACAUUUUAUGCAUUUUUUGCUGUUGUUUUCUUUGUGCAGAUAUUAAAAGUUUAUAUG